GCGUUUUCCCACAGAAUCAGCUUCAAGUUCUCACUCUCGUUUACGCCGUCUUCCUACCGCCACAGUCCGUCUCCGUAAACUCGCCACGAGCCAGCUCUGGUAUUUUCUCUUUCGUGUGUGUAUAUACGUAUUUUUAUACGUAUACGUAAACUACAACUGUCUAGGUCAGCUUUAGCACAAAAAUUACAGUCACAGUUAACAUCAAUUCAUUCGCUGGGUUUUUAAUUGUAUCUAAGAUGGAAGCCAUGGACGCGUCGAUUUCAAUUUUUUCGACCGUUAAGCCUUCAAAUCCCAAACCUAAUGCUACCGAGGAGGAGAGUUUCAGGCGCCGUGUCGAUGAAAUUUUUCAGAAAGUUGAUAAGCUGGAGCAAAGAGUGAAUGAGGUUGAACAGUUUUACCUAAAUAGUUCGAGUAAAAAGCAGGGGAGCAGUUCUAAAGGCAGCUCAGUUGUGAAGGAUAAAGAGAAGGAAAGGCACGUUCCUAGCAUUAGGAAGCAGCAGCAAGAAGCCUCGCGCAGAGAGAAGGCUGCCGAGAAGCGAAUGGAGGAGCUUAUGCGUCAAUUUGGCACAAUAUUGCGUAAUAUCACGCAGCACAAAUGGGCCUGGCCAUUUAUGCAGCCUGUUGAUGUCAAAGGUCUUGGCUUGGAUGACUACUAUGAGGUUAUUGACAAGCCCAUGGACUUUAGUACAAUAAAAAAACAAAUGGAGGCCAAGGAUUAUAAGAAUGUUCGGGAGAUAUGCACUGAUGUGAGGUUGAUUUUUAAGAAUGCAAUGCAAUAUAAUGAUGACAAAAGUGAUGUUCACGUUAUGGCAAAAACUUUGCUGUCAAAAUUUGAGGAGAAGUGGCUGCAACUCUUGCCUAAAGUUACUGAAGAGGAAAAAAGACGAGAAGAAGAGGAAGCACAGGCACAGUUGGAUAUGCAACUUGCACAGGAGGCUGCGAAUGCCAAAAUGGCUAGAGAUAUAAGUAAUGAGCUUUACGAGGUCGAUAUACAUUUGGAAGAACUCAGAGAAAUGGUUGUCCAAAAAUGCAGAAAAACUUCAAUUGAAGAGAAAAGGAAGCUUGGUGCAGCGCUGACCAGGUUGUCUCCUGAGGAUCUCAGCAAAGCAUUGGAGAUUGUUGCUCAAAGUAACGUCGGUUUUCAAGCAAAAGCUGAAGAAGUUGACCUUGAUAUUGAUGCUCAGAGUGAAUCCACCUUAUGGAGAUUAAAGUUCUUCGUGAAAGAUGCUCUGGAAAUUCAGAACAAGAGUGCGGCAAGCACAGGUGGCAACAACGACAGCAACAAAAACAACAACAAUAAUAAUAGCAACAAUAACAAUAGCAACAACAAAAGAAAAAAAGAGAUUUGCGACGCAAUUGCCAAAACUGCCAAGAAAAAGAGUAAAAAGCCUUCUUCUUGAUCAUUCCAGAGCAUGCCAAAAGUUGCAUUUCUUCGGAACAAGCCUCCUUGGUGUUAAUCAGAAUCAAGUCUAACAGGUAUGUGGGAGGAAAGCAAGAGCAUCAUUUUGUUGUAGGUUUCGUCGAUACUUAUCUUUACAACUUUAUUCGAAGAACUGCAACCACACUCUCAUGUCCUAGACUUGUUGUGACACUUUGUAAAUCAUCUAAUCGCCUUUGCUCCGCCAACAUGUAAUAUAAACAGAAAAUGACUACUUUGAUUUUCUCUUCUAA